AUGGAUCGCAAUACCCCCCUCUCCCCAAGCCUGCCGAAAGGAGAGCCGUUACCUGUCGGCUUCAAUGAGCUUCUGCAACAUAACGCUGCCACACCGCACGAUAUGAACGCCGCCGAUUCCAUUCGAGUACAAUCGCAACCGGCUUCAAGAUAUGGAACCCCGGCGCCCCAGUUAACACAUUCGCAAAGUUUCGAUCCGUCCAUGUCAUACCAGCGUGGAGGUGCUCAGAUUCCGGGCUUCCACCCCAUGUAUCCCGACAGCAGUCCGUACGGCCCUAUUCCAGAUAUGUCGCAGCCUUAUGGCACACCGGCAGCGUCACCCCCUACACCUUCACGGGCGUCUGAUAUCAUGAGCAUACACGGCGGCAAUAUCGUAAUCGGGAAGGCGCUGGCACCAAGACGCGCGGGGGUGGAAAAGGCAUCAUCUAAAAAGAAGAAGGAAAGAGCGAAGCCGCCGAAAAAUUUGCCAACUUUGGACAGGCCGCUGAGUGACUUGACAAAAGACUCGGCCAUUCCGAUCACCGAUAUCGAGACGUACGUGAACCGAGACGCCACCGCACGGCAAGACGAGGUCACCCAGUGCAGGAAGAAUCCCGGCAAGGUCAAAAGGCCCAUGAACGCCUUCAUGCUGUAUCGCAAGGCCUAUCAGCAACGUGCCAAAGAAUGGGCGUCUCAACACAACCAUCAGGUCGUCUCACGGGUCUGCGGUUCCAGCUGGCCACUUGAGCCCGAGCAUAUCCGACAGCAGUUCAAAGCCUGGGCCGACCUCGAACGUGACAACCACCAAAAAGCGCACCCGAACUACAAGUUCACGCCGUCCAAACCUCACAAGCCAGCAAAGUACGACGAAAACUUCGACGCCCACAGUGAAGCCUCGGACUUGGAUGAGUAUGGCGACUGGCAACACGCGGCGGCCCGGAUGCGGUCUGCUACCAACACGCCCAACGACGACGGGGACUACAUUCCAAGUCGCUCCGUCUAUGCCGCAACCCAUCACCCUCUGAUGGGAUUGCACGGGCUGGGGCCUCAUCACCAGAACCGAUCGGCCUUUGAAUUUUCCAACCCGGGGAAACCAAUGCCGUCCGCAUACGACACUCGAGGGUUAACGAACACCUUUUACGAGAGCCACAUCCAGAACACCCAAAAGAGCCACUUGCACCCAGGUAUGAUAGAGGAUGUUCUGAUGCGCAAGACGCCAUCGCCGAGUAUGGCAUUCCAACAACACACCCACGGAUUGCCCUCGCAUUACGAGUUGAAUCAAUACCACCACCCACAACACACACGCCCUCCUCACGAGCAACAAGCUCAUUCACAAUCCCAGUCACAGGGUCAUUCCCAACCCCAGCCCCCCCGCUUUGAGCACCGUAUCGAUCCGUCGUUGAUGUCUCACGAGGAGCUCUUCAACGGAACGAAUAACCUCAACAACAUCAACAAUUCCAUAUCCACCCUCUUCGACGGCACUGGGCUCGCCGGCACCAACAAUUCGCAGCAUGGUUGGCAAACAGGCCAGCUGACAUCCAACAACGACCCAGAGAACCAGUUCUCCCACUUCAACCUAGGGCUCGACAACACACUUUCGGUUGAGCAGCACAGCCAGUUUCUCGGGGGGGCAGACGAGUGGCGGAUGGAGCCUUUGUCAGAAGGGGCGCACUUUGAGGCCAACUGGGCCGAAACCAAGGCUGAUCAAUAGUCACUCAGUCGGGCGUAAAAAUGACAGCUGCUGUAUUUAUUCAAGAAAAAAGUAUUGGGUGGACACAAAAAAAAGGGAGCGAGUUGAGAUCUUCUCAUUCUUGAGGAGGGCAAUAUGGGAAAGGGGCAGAACCAAGAAAGAAGCAGGGAGAGAGCGAGCGCAAAAGAAGGGGAGGAAAGCAAACUACUGUCGAUAGGGGACACAGAAAACUGAUCUGGUUGUACAUAUCUUUCCAUGCUACAUUGUUUCGUUGUUUUGUUCAGGUUAGCCUCGGAUCCGAGGGGGGUGGUGAAAGGGAAUUUUAUUGUUCUUUGGUAGUUUUUCGGACAUCAGGAUUCUUUGUAGGAGCC